CAUACAGAAGCACAGAGCUGUAGAGCAAACAGGAGGGAGCUCUGUGCCUGUACUGCCUGAUCCCUGAUACUGUCCACUUGCAAUAGACUUAUUUCGGCUUUGCUAUUGACUUUUCUUUGCUAAAUUUCUUGGCACACCUGGGAACUGAGGCCCGCAACUGGGCUAGCUUUACCUGUCCUGACUCACGCUUCCCCUCCCACACCUGCAGACAUAGAUAACUUUUCCUUUCCAAGGCGAAUGCUUGGUCGGCUUUAGAUCUGACAACAAAAUGAGUAUUAACGGAGGGUCCCAUACCCGGAUAAAUACCCUAGGCAGGCUCACCAGAGCAGAAUCUGGCCCGGAUCUUACCAACAGGUAUGAGAUGAACAACCACCACAAAAUGGUUGGAGGAGGUGGAGGAAUGAUCCCGCAGAAGACUUACUACAUCCAGCAGUCUUACAGCGAACACACUGGAGAUGGCUAUGGGCAAACCGGGACGAUGUCCCGCCGUCCAAACACAGUCCAAGACAUCCUUCAGCACAUUUCUGAUAGCUUAAUCCGGGCUGAACUGAUUGCCGCCCCAGAACUUAAAUAUGGAGAUGGAAGUCAGCUUGUUCGUAAUAGAGAACUGGAAGAAUGUCUAGGGGCAGCCCAUGAGGAAAUGGAGAUGGUGGAAGGCCUGAUCAGGGAGAUGAGAAUGAUGGGACAGCCAUGUGAUUCCUACCACAGAAAAUUGCUUCAGCUUUAUGACCAAAUGCGUGCCCUUGACAAAGCCAUUCAUGGUCCACGUAUGCGCAAGGGAUCUAAAGGUGGUGGUGGUGGAUUUUCUUCGCAGAGUGGCUCUGGAUGGGAUGAUAUCACUAAGCGCAUCACUACAGAAACCUUAAAUCAAAUUCGGCAACAAAGGCGUCAAUUGGAAAUUGUUGAUUGGGGAUUCGAUGCCACAUCCGUAGAACAGCAAAUUGGAAACCACAGAAAAUUCCACAAUGCCAUUGCUGACUAUCGGUGGGAGCUGGACAAAAUUAAAGCAGAUCUGCGGGAGAAAGGCGCAAUUUAUCAGCUAGAAGAAGAAUAUGAUGCAUUGCUGAAACUUUCCUUUGAAAGAAUGGAUCAACUGCGGCAGCUGCAGAACAUCAUUCAGGCUACAUCCAAAGAAAUAAUGUGGAUCAAUGAUCGAGAGGAAGAAGAACUAGUCUAUGAUUGGAGUGACAAGAACACAGACAUUUCAAGGAAGCAGGAAACAUUCUCUAAACUUAUGAGUCAGUUGGAGGUUAAGGAAAAAGAAUUGAACAAGCUUAAGCAAGAAAGUGACCAGCUGAUUGUGAGUCAACAUCCAGCAGCAGACAAGAUUGAGGCUUACAUGGAUACACUGCAGACUCAGUGGAGCUGGAUUCUUCAAAUUACUAAAUGUAUUGAUGUACAUUUAAAGGAAAAUGCUGCCUAUUUCCAAUUCUUUGAUGAGGCACAGAGCACCCAAACGUACUUAACAAAUCUUCAAGACACCAUCAGAAAGAAGUACCCAUGUGAUAAAAGCAUGCCAUUGGCACGUGUCCUGGAAAUGAUUAAGGACUUGGAGAAAGAAAGAGACAAAAUUAAUGAAUACAAACGACAGGUCCAAAACCUGGUUAAUAAAUCCAAGAAAAUUGUACAGCUCAAACCUAGAAACCCGGACUACAGGCGAGACAAACCAAUAGUUCUUAAGGCUCUCUGUGACUAUAAGCAAGACCAGAAAGUUAUACACAAAGGAGAUGAAUGCAUCUUGAAGAACAAUUCUCAGCGCAGCAAAUGGAAUGUGACAGGUCCUGGUGGACUAGACAUGGUGGUGCCUUCUGUCAGUUUGAUCAUACCACCACCAAAUCCAGGAGCUGUAGACUUAUCUUCAAAAAUAGAGCAGUUUUAUGAGGCAAUUCUGGCUCUCUGGAACCAACUUUACAUCAAUAUGAAGAGCUUGGUGUCAUGGCACUACUGCAUGAUUGACAUAGAGAAAAUUAGGACUAUGACACUGGCUAAGCUUAAGACCAUGCGCCAAGAAGACUACCAAAAGGUUGUUACAGAUUUGGAAGUACAUUAUCAGGAGUUUAUGAGAAACAGUCAGGGCUCAAACAUGUUUGGGGAUGAUGACAAAAGAAAAAUGCACUCUCAGUUUUCUGAAGCACAGAAGCAUUAUCAGACCCUCGUGGUACAGCUCCCUACCUACCAAACUAGAGAGACAACAUACAUCAAGACACGACCACCACCACAAAUAAACUCAAGUGAAAGAGUCGAAGUUGUUACGGCAACUACUGCCUCAAAUGUGAAAGGAGGCAGCAAUAUUUCUACUACUGUAGUAGACAAUGACAGGCUGAAACAGGAGAACUGGCUGCUGUUAGAGCUACAAAAGAUUCGCCAGCAACUGGAGAUCCACGAGUCCAGGCUCCUGCAAAGGAACAUCUAUAAUGUUGAUCAAGAGACAUUCAGAGAUUUCUCAUACAGAAUAAAUGAUAUAGAGUCUUUGAGGGGAGAAGGACAAAACAUAUCAGCACAAAUAAGCAAGAUAAAAGAGAUGAUCCUGAACUUAAAGGACUCUGAUAAGUCCUCAUAUCUGCAGUCUGAGCUGAAUUCGCUAUUAAGGAAAAUGGAAAAUAUUCAUGGGUUUUCUGCGGACCACUUAGAAAGACUCCAGUCAUUGAGAAUCUUACUUCAGAGCAUUCUUCAGAUCGAAGAUUUGAUAAAGGUUUAUGAAGCUAGACUGACGGAAGAAGAAACCAUUUCACUUGAUCCAGCAAAAGUUGAAGCAUAUAGAAAUGCAUUAAAGAAAAUGAAAGCUGAGCUAGAACAGAAGAAAUCACAACUUAUAUCUCUGGAUACGGAUCUGAAGAAGACACUGCAGAUAAAUGACCGCGCUGUCCAGGAUUACCCCUAUUGUGAUGUAGACCUCUCCAAAUUCUCUGACAAAGCCAAGCAACUCACUGAGCGCUGGCACAGGAUAGAAAAAGAAAUUGAUGACAGAUCUUGGGAGCUUGAGAAGCAAGGAAAACAACUGGGCAAUUACAGAGAUAUGUAUCAGUCCCUCAGCAGAUGGAUCGGUGACACCAAACAGAAGCUAGAUGUCUUAGAGUCUGCAAAGCUUUCAGAUGCUAAUACUGUUACAAGAUACCUAAAUGACCAAAAGAAUAUGAAUGUGGAAAUACAAGGCAAAAGAGAAAAGGUAGAAGAGGUGAUGAAGACUGCAGACCAAUGUGCAUCAUCUAUUAAGGAUUAUGAGCUCCAGCUGGCAUCCUACAGUUCUGGACUGGAAACAUUACUUAACAUUCCAAUAAAAAGAACUGUGGUGCAAUCCCCAGCAGUUGUUGUUUUGCAAGAGGCCUCUGACAUCCAAGCACGCUACAUCGAGUUGUUAACUAGAGGAAAUGAUUUCUACAGACUUUUGCAUGAAAUGUCAAAGAGCAUGGAAGACCUUAAGAUGAAAAACACUAGGAUUGAACUACUUGAAGAAGAACUGCGACUUGCCAGAGAUGCAAAUUCAGAUAGUUCCCAGAAAAACAAAUUUCUGGAUCAGAACCUGCAAAAGUUUCAGAUGGAUUGCUCAGAGUACAAAUCAAAACUCCUUCUUCUGGAAGAUAUGAAGAGGAAGGCAGAAAUGGAAGGGUCUUCAGCAAAGCAGAACCUUGAAAAGUGUUAUAGUCAGAUAACUGAGUUCAAUGAAAAGAUUACCAGACUCACCUAUGAGAUUGAUGAUGAGAAAAGGAGGAGAAAAGCACUGGAGGACAGAUGUGAACUCCAGAAGAAUGAAUUUGACCAAAUUCAGCAAAAGAGGCAAAAUGAACUAGAAGGUAUCAACCGCCACAAAAUUGAUACUGACAAGACUAUUAAGGAGAAGGAAUAUGAGAUAGAGAGGCUCAGAGUUCUUCUGCAGGACGAGGCCCAGAGGAAGAGGGACUAUGAGAAUGAGCUGUCAAAGGUAAGGAAGCAGUAUAGUGACGAAAUCAGUAGUUUGAGGAACAAGUAUGAAUCUGAAAUAAACAUAACGAAGACCACAAUACAGCAAAUAACCGUUCAGAAGGAAGAAGACACAUAUGAAUUAAGAGCCCAACUUGAGAAAGUAGCAAGAGAGAAUAGAGAUCUUACCCAAGAAAUUACUCGUCUCAAUGAAACCAUUGUCCAAACAAAUGAUCAGCGAAGAAGGGCAGAAGAUGAUGCUCUUCAGCAGAGAGCCUCAGGGUCUGAGAUUACUCAGAGAAAGCAACAACUAGAGAAGGAAUUACAAAGAGUUAUUAGCAGUCACUCAGAAGAAAUUGCAAGAUAUAAGAUAUCACUGGAAGAAGCCAGCAGAACAAUGCAGGAAAGAAACAGUGAGAUUGAAAAGUUGAAGUACCAACUUCAGGAGGAGGCUGCGCGCCAGAGACAAUAUGAAAACGAGCUUGUAAAGGUAAGAAACAAUUAUGACGAUCAGCUUAUAAGUUUAAGAAACAAGUAUGAGACAGAAAUUAAUAUAACAAAAACCACCAUCCACGAACUAAGUAUUGAAAAGGAAGACAACAUCACUGGAUUAAAUCAACAGAUAGAUAAUCUAACAAGAGAGAAACGAGACUUGAUGGCAGAGGUGAACAGACUAAAGACCUCUUUGACACAAAUGACAAAUAAUCUAAAAAAAACAGAGGAUGAUGUUCACCAGCAGAAGUCAUUCACAUCAGAGCUCACUCAAAGGAAGCAACAACUCGAGAUUGAACUGAGGCAGCUUACCAUGCAAAAAUCUGAGGAGGAGCAAAGAAAUAAAAAAUCCCUAGAAGAUGCUGCCAAAACAAUUCAGGAACGCAAUAAGGAGAUUGAGAGACUGAAAAAAGUUAUUGAUAUUGAAACAGAGCAAAGGAAAAAACUUGAAGAUGAGCAUGUCAAAGUACAAAGGACACAAUUUGACCUACAGAAAGCCAACAACUCAGCCACGGAGACCAUAAGCAAAUUAAGGAUCCAGGAGCAAGAAUUAAUAAGACUUAAAUCAGACUAUGAAAAACUGUUGCUUGAAAAACAAGGGAGAGAAACAGAAAUAAGUAGACUUCAAAUUAAUCUUAAAGAAUUACAGACACAAAAAAAUAAACUCGAGGAAGAGCUGAACAGGCAAAAAAGAAUUUCUACAGAUGAACAUGCAAAAAAUAAAAAGUUGGAAGAAGAGAUAGAGGCUCUUAGAAGAGCUAAUAGUGAACAGUUGAAAAAGAUCACAACUCUUACACAACAAGUAGAACAAAUUACAAUCAUCAAAAGGCAAACAGAAGAAGACUUAAGGCAACAGAGAGAGUCUUUAGAUGGUCAGCUAAGAGACCAACAGAGAAACAUUGAUGAGCUGAGUAAACUUGUAGCUGAAGUGGAAAGCCUGCGCCGCCAGUUACAUGUAGAGCAAGAAAACUUAAGGCAGGCUCAUAUAAGAAAUGAGCACCUGCAGAAAACCAUUGAAGAGAGAAACAGAAGCCUAAAUGAGAGUAAGAUAGAGAUAGAAAGACUGCAGUCAAUAACAGAAAAUCUGACUAAAGAGCACCUGAGGCUGGAAGAAGAGCUCCGUUAUAUUAGACUGGAGUAUGAGGAAAUUAAGAAGUGUAAAAAUGAAGUAGAUGGUGAAAAAAGUGCAACUAUUACAGAGCUAAAGAACCAGCUGCAAAUCAGCAACAAGCGAUCUUUGGAGCUACAGGGCCUAAUAAAUGAAUUGCAGAAAGAGAGGCAAAAUUUGAGACAGGAAAUUGAAAAAUUCCAAAAGCAAGCACUAGAGGCCACUAGUAAGAUACAGGAAUCUAGUAUGAAAUGCUCUGAAAUAGUUCAAGAAAAAGAAAGCCUUAUAAUGAAAAUGAAACUUUUAGAACAAGACAGAACAAGGUUGCAACGUCUUGAGGAAGAACUAAGCCGGGCAAAGGCUGCAUUAGAUGCAGAAACACGGAGUAAGCAACGUCUUGAAGAGGAGAAACAGCAAAUACGAAAUGACCUGAAUCAGUGGAGAACACAAUACACCCGUAAGGAGGAAGAUGUGAAGAGAAUCGAAAGUGAUUGGGAGAGAAGCGAAAGAGAAAAAGUUUCAUACAAAACUGAAAUUGAAAGAUUGCAGGCAGAGAUUAGGUCUAUUGAAGAGCGAUAUAAGCGGAAAAUAGAAGAGACACAAAGAAUGACUCAGGUGGAUUUCGAAAAUCAAAGAAUUGUUCUUGAAAGGGAACUGGACAAUCUUAGGAGGCGACCUGUAUCAUCAAGUAAGCAGAUUCAAACUGAUGAAGACAUGUCAAUUGAUGUUUCCAAGUUUGUCUUCGAUGGUCUGAGGAAAAAAGUUACAGCACAACAACUCCUAGAAUGCCAAAUAAUAACAAAGGCUACUUAUGAAAAAUUAAUAAAGGGCCAGAGAACACUGGAAGAAGUUUCAGCUGAAAUUGAACCAUUCUUGAAAGGUGCCGGUGCAAUUGCCGGAAUAUCUGUAACACCUAAAGAGAAAUAUUCAUUUGUGGAAGCAAAGAGAAAGAAACUUAUCUCACCUGAGAGCACAGUCAUGCUUUUAGAGGCUCAAGCUGCAACAGGAGGAAUAAUCGACAUACAAAGGAAUGAAAAGAUAUCAGUAGACAAUGCGGUAGCUAGAGACCUCAUCGAUUUCCAAGACAGAGAGGCCAUUUAUACUGCAGAAAAAGCAGUCACUGGCUUUAAAGAUCCUUUCUCAGGAAAGAUCGUAUCCCUUGCAGAGGCUAUCAAGAAAAAUUUGAUCAGUCGAGAAGUUGGUUUACGACUUUUAGAAGCUCAAGUCGCUGCAGGAGGAAUAGUUGACCCAGUGAACAGUGUCUUUGUGCCUAUUGAUGUCGCAUUAUCACGUGGCUUGAUUGACCGUGAUUUACAGAGAUCUCUCAAUGACCCCAGUGACAAUGGAAAGUAUUACCUAGAACCAGUCACUAAGAAGAAUGUCAGUUAUGCACAGCUUAGGCAGAAAUGCAGAGUUGAACCUCAUACUGGACUACUUUUGCUUCCAGUAAUGAAGAAGAGCCUUUCAUUCCAAGGUAUUAGACAACAAGUACCCUUGACAGAGUUAGUAGAGUCGGGAAUUAUUCGAUCUUCUACAGUAGAUCAACUAGAAUCUGGGCAAAUUUCUGUUGAAGAAGUCAGUGAAAGAAUUAAAGAUUUUUUGCAGGGAUCCAGUUGUAUAGCUGGUAUCUACAAUGAGGCUACAAAAGAAAAACUAGGAAUCUAUGAUGCAAUGAAGAAAGGAUUGCUUAGACCAGGAACCACACUGGAACUACUGGAAGCACAAGCAGCAACAGGGUUCAUAGUGGAUCCAGUAAAUAAUCUAAGACUUACAGUCGAAGAAGCUUAUAGAAGAGGACUGGUUGGAAUUGAAUUUAAAGAAAAAUUACUGUCUGCAGAAAGAGCUGUAACUGGUUACAAAGACCCAGAAACUGGAAACAUAAUUUCCCUAUUCCAAGCUAUGAACAAGGAGCUUAUUGAAAAAGGACAUGGUAUCCGCUUGCUGGAAGCACAGAUUGCUACGGGUGGAAUAAUAGAUCCAAAAGCAAGUCAUCGUUUACCAGUUGAUGUUGCAUAUAAACGUGGCUAUUUUAAUAAAGAAUUGAAUGACAUCCUUUUAGAUCCUACUGAUGACACCAAAGGCUUUUUUGAUCCCAACACAGAAGAAAAUCUGACAUAUUUGCAACUAAAAGAAAGGUGCAUUGUCGAUGAGAAAACCAACCUUUGUCUACUGCCUUUGAAGGAAAAGAAAAAGCUGGUCCAGGCAUCCCAAAAGAAAACAUCUAGGAAACGUAGAGUGGUAAUCGUUGACCCAGAUACCAACAGGGAAAUGACUGUACAAGAAGCUUAUAGCAAGGGUCUUAUUGAUUAUGACACCUACCUUGAGCUUUCAGAGCAAGAGUGUGAGUGGGAAGAAAUAACUACUACAGGUUCAGAUGGUUCAACCAGGGUUGUGCUUGUUGACCGCAAGACAGGGAACCAGUAUGAUGUCCAAGAAGCUAUAGACUUAAGCAUAAUCAGCAAAAGUAACUUUGAACAAUACCGCGCUGGUACUUUAAGCCUUACUCAAUUUGCAGACAUGAUCUCCAAUAAGAAUCUCAGUGAUGAUGUAAUAACUACUUCAAGGCAAGAUUCUCUCUCAUCUCCCAGGUUUCGAACAAGCUCUUGGUCUAAAAGUGGCUCAUAUUCAGACUCCUUAGAAGAAACCAGUCCUAUUGCAGCUAUAUUUGAUACUGAAAACUUGGAAAAAAUCUCCAUCUCAGAGGGCAUCAAGCGUGGUAUUGUUGAUACAAUUACUGGACAGCGUUUACUUGAAGCACAGGCAUGCACAGGAGGCAUUAUCAACCCAACUUCUGGUCAAAGAAUUCCCCUGCAAGAUGCUGUCAACCAAGGAAUAAUAGAUAAUGAUAUGUCAGCCAGGCUGAAGCAAGCUCAGAAAGCAUAUUCUGGUUUUGAUGGAGUUAGGGGGCAGAAAAAAUUAUCUGCUGCUGAAGCCAUGAAGGUAAACUGGUUGCCAUAUGAGGCUGGACAACGUUUUCUUGAGUUUCAGUAUCUAACAGGGGGCCUUAUCGAUCCAGAAACACAAUCCAGAAUUACAACAGAAGAAGCUAUACGGAAAGGUAUAAUCGAUGGUCGUGCUGCACAAAAACUGCGAGAUGUCAACAAUUAUCCCAAAAUUCUGACCUGUCCAAAAACUAAACUGAAAAUCUCCUACAAAGAAGCAGUUGAUCGUUCAAUGGUUGAAGAUGUAACUAGCCUGAGAAUGCUGGAAGCAGCUUCUGUAUCUUCUAAAGGCAUAAGUAGCCCAUACAACGUGUCUUCAGCACCCGGAUCCCGUUCAGGAUCUCGUUCAGGUUCACGCAGUGGAUCCCGACGAGGAAGUUUUGACGCUUCUGCAUCAUCGUACAGCUAUUCUUUCCAGUCUGUUAGUUCUUUUGGAAACUAAUUGGUAAUGGGUUUGACUAUCUAAUGGGGUACACUAUCUUUGUUUAUGUCUUCAAAGAUAACAUUUUAAACUUGCUUUAUAUUUCAUUGAAAAUGUUAUAAAAUGUGCACUGACAAACAAAUUUUUAAUCUUUUUGUUAUGAGGGGCAUGCUAAUUUGUGACAUGCUCUUUAUUUUGAAAAUGGUUAAAGAAAAUGUUUUAUGUAUUUAGCGAUGUGUAUGGGGAUACACAUUUUUGUAAUGUAGUUUACAUUUGCUAUGCCUCUUUCUACAAAUUCUUAUCCAGUUAAGACAAGAGUUGGUGAAUGCUUCCUAGCUAUUUCUGUAUUCUUUAUUUUUUGCAUUUUGAGUUGAAUUUAAAGUUCUAAAAGCACCAAAAUGGUAAAGGUUCUAGUCUUAGAUUUUUAUAUAGAUUCACUUCCCAGCACUAACACAGCUCAUUUUAUGCCAUACCUGCAAACAACUGUUCGGUUUACAGGAGUUAGCCUUUUUAUAUAUAACUCUGCUUGUUUGUUAUAUUGGCUGGCAAUAAAGUUUCAAACAUUUCAACUGUUUCAGUUUUUUAUGUUGCAUUUCUAUGAUGUUUAGCUGGAUGUUUGAUAAAAACACCAUUGCUACUUCUAUGCACAUACUUAAUACCCAAUAAUCUGGGCCCCAGUUUUUUUUAAAUACUUACAUUUAUGACAAUUUUAGUAUCAACCCGUACAUUAAAAAAAAAAAAAUUGCCAAUUUUGUUUUCAAUAUCACAGAAUCAUCAUGGGCAAAUAGUCUAUAGUCAGUCCCACCUGUAUUGUAAGAGUAUGGAGAAUUUAGUUUCAUCGUAUCUGCCUUCUUCUUUUAAAUGAAUUGCUCCAUAUUGUAGGGACUAAUAUGGGUAAUGUAUACACAUUAUUAGAACUGGUAUAAAUGAAAUGCCCCUGGGUAUAAGUGGAGAUUCCCUUAAAAGUGUGCUACAUGGUGUCAGAAAUGUUUGGUAUAUCAAUACACUGGUGCAACCAAUAUUUUACUCUAAGAGAAAAACUGCAUGCCGAUAAUAUGGCCAGUUAACAAACACAUGGACUUACUUCUGUGGACCGCAGUGUUGUUUUCUAUGACUUUUAAUAACAUUAUUUUCUAAAAUUCUGUGCUCUCACAGCCAAUGAUGAUUUUGUUUUGGUGAAAUAAA